ACACAAAGAGAAGCUUAUAUAAGCAACCUAUUGGCUUCUUCAAGCUUUCAUUGAGACCUUCCUCCUGCCCUUUUUCUUCAUUUUAUUACUCCACAAAAUCGAAGCCCCUUUUCACUCUCUUUUUCUUUUCCCUCAUUGAAAACUGCACUCUCCCAGCUUUUAUUUUUGCUUAGAACAGAGAGAUAUCAGAACAUAUAUACAUAGAUUACGCCACAACAUCAGACAAGCCUCCCUCCAUGUCUGACUCUCCCCUGGCUCUCUGUUCUAUUAUAUCUCUCUUCCUUCCUGUCCUUCUCAUCUUCAUCCUCUUCAGAAGAAAGCAACCCAGGCUUAAUCUCCCCCCUGGAAGGAUGGGCUGGCCUUUUCUUGGUGAAACCAUUGCCUAUUUGAAGCCUUACUCUGCUACCACUGUUGGAGAGUACAUGGAGCAGCACAUAGCGAGGUAUGGCAAGAUUUACAAGUCCAAGUUGUUUGGGGAACCGGCUAUAGUGUCAGCUGAUGCAGGGCUGAACAGGUAUAUAUUACAGAACGAAGGGAAAUUGUUCGAAUGUAGCUAUCCCAGAAGCAUUGGAGGAAUCCUGGGAAAAUGGUCUAUGUUGGUGUUGGUGGGUGACAUGCACAGAGACAUGAGGGUUAUAUCUUUGAAUUUUCUCAGCCAUGCGAGGCUACGGACACAUCUGCUGAAAGAGGUUGAGAAGCAUACCCAACUUGUUCUUAGCUCAUGGAGGGAAAAUUGUACGUUCUCUGCUCAAGAUGAAGCCAAGAAGUUCACCUUCAAUUUGAUGGCAAAUCAUAUUAUGAGUUUGGAUCCUGGGAAUCUUGAAACAGAGCAAUUAAAGAAAGAGUAUGUGACAUUCAUGAAGGGGGUGGUUUCAGCUCCUCUGAAUUUUCCUGGAACCGCGUACAGGAAGGCCUUAAAGUCCCGGUCAACCAUACUGAAUUUCAUAGAGGGCAAAAUGGAAGAAAGAGUGAAGAGAAUCAAGGAGGGGAAUGAAACUCUGGAGGAGGAUGAUCUUCUGAACUGGGUUCUGAAGCAUUCGAAUCUUUCAACAGAACAAAUUCUCGACUUGAUUCUGAGCUUGCUGUUCGCUGGACAUGAAACUUCGUCCGUAGCCAUAGCUCUUGCUAUUUACUUCUUGCCCGGUUGUCCUCGAGCUAUACAGCAACUAAGGGAAGAACACAUAAAAAUAGCCAAAAUGAAGAAGGGAGCAGGAGAAACGGAAUUGACCUGGGAAGACUACAAAAGUAUGGAAUUUACUCACUGUGUUGUGAACGAGACACUUCGGCUGGGAAACGUUGUGAGGUUCCUUCACAGGAAGGCUCUCAAAGAUGUUAGGUAUAAAGGUUAUGACAUUCCAUGUGGAUGGAAAGUCUUGCCUGUGAUUUCAGCCGUGCAUCUGGAUCCUUCACUUUUUGACCAACCUCAACACUUCAAUCCAUGGAGAUGGCAGAACAACAGCAGCAACAAUAAUGGAAGUAGAAGUGGAAGCUCUUGCCCGAGUGGAAGCAACAGUGCAGCGAGUCACAACUUCAUGCCGUUCGGUGGAGGACCGAGGCUGUGUGCAGGAUCAGAGUUGGCUAAACUGGAAAUGGCAGUGUUCAUUCACCAUCUCAUCCUCAACUUUCAGUGGGAGUUAGCUGACGAGACCGACCAGGCUUAUGCAUACCCUUUUGUCGAUUUUCCCAGUGGCCUACCCAUCACAGUCCAACGUCAUCACUCUUUGAUUUGAUCCAUUUAUAAAGCUAUACAUAUUGCAGCAGCCAGAUAUGAGGAAUUAGGGGAAAUUAAUUAAAUAUGAUUAUUGUUAAUUAGGUAUCUGUUAUCUACCAAGUUCUUUAAUAAAAACGCGACAUGCAUGCGAAUAAAUUUUGUCGAAAGGAUUACACCACGUAACAUGUCAUGUUUUUGUUGAUAGAACUUAAUGACGAGGGAGCUUCCCCCGUGCGCGGCAAAAUCCGAGACAAUCCAAGGGGGCUGGUGGAUGAUUCAUGUAUGUACAAAUUCAAAGUUCUUUUGACUUUUCGCGUGAAUAUAACGAAUGGGAAGACAAAGGUGACUUGAUGCAGAGUCAGUGUAUAUUAAGCAGUAGGACCACUUUUACUUCUUCCAGCUCGAUCUACAUUUUCUUCUUCCUUCACAAUUUCUACUUACCCCUGCCCCACCAUGCACCUACAUUGUUGUACAUUUCAUAUAUUUCUCCCAAAAGACAGGACAGCUGCCAAUAGUAUUAAUUCAUUUAUAUAUGUGUGGGUGUGGGUGUGGGUUUGUGUAUGAUCAUGGUAUUUUGUUUUCUCCA